GGUCGAUGAAAAGGACGCGGUAGACUCCAUUUUGGAAUGUACUAAGGUUAUGUUGAUGCGAGCACUGCAUGAUAGUUUUCACGUGUAGAUAGUUUUUAAACAAUUUUUAGAUAUUGAAUGUGUUGAAAUUGUAAAUUAAAAUGGCUAAGUUCAAAUUGAAAAAACCUUCCAAAAGGCAACCAGCGCGUAUGAGAUACAAAAUAGAAAAAAAAGUAAGAGAUCAUAAUAGAAAAAUUAAGAAAGAAGCGAAGAAAAAUUCAAAUAAAGGUAAAAAAAGAUUGAUUGAAAUACCAAAUAUAUGUCCAUUCAAAGAGGAUAUAUUAAAAGAAGUUGAAGAAAUGAAAAAACAUAAAGCUGAAGAACUUGAAAAACGAAGGGCAGAAGCUUUGAAGCAGAAAGAGGAAGCUAAAAAUGCACCGAAGCCUGCUGAAACUCUAGAAAGUUUGAUGGAUAAAGCUGAGAUGAAAGCGAAAUUGCAUGAAAAUUCUAGCAUGUUCGUAAACCAAGGAGAGAAAAAUCAAAAAAUUGAUAAUUCAUUCAAACAAUAUCACAAGGAGUUCUCCAAGAUAAUCGAAUCAGCUGAUGUUAUCCUAGAAGUUCUUGAUGCUCGUGAUCCAUUAGGAACAAAAAAUUCACACGUAGAAGAAGCAGUUCGCAAUGCCAAAAGCGAUAAAAAAUUGCUCCUUGUGCUAAAUAAAGCAGAUUUAGUUCCUAGAGAUAUAUUGGAAAAAUGGGUCAACUAUCUCAAAAAAAGAUUUGCUGUUGUGCCAUUCAAAGCGUCUACACAAAAUCAAAGUAAAAGGUUAGGACAUAGAAAAAUGUCGAAAAAUCAGAAAGGAACCCAAGGAUCUGCUUGUAUAGGUGCGGAAUUAUUAAUGCAUUGCUUGGCAAAUUAUUGUCGAAAUAAAAAUAUUAAAACUUCCAUUAGGGUUGGAGUUGUUGGUCUUCCUAAUGUAGGAAAAAGUUCAGUUAUCAACAGUAUGAAGAGAUCAAAAGCAUGUAAUGUUGGGGCUGUGCCUGGAGUAACAAAAACAAUUCAAGAAGUACAAUUGGACUCGAAAAUAGUUCUUCUCGACUGCCCUGGUAUUGUUUUUGCUUCAAAUACAGACACUACAGCUACACUGAAAAAUGCUAUAAAAAUAUCGUCUUUGGAGGAUCCCAUUACCCCUGCCAAGAUGAUAUUGCAGAAAUUUCCUAAGAAUGUUAUGAUGGAACUAUAUGAUAUUCAAGAAUACAAUACACCUGAGGAAUUUUUGAACUUGAAAGCUAUACGAUAUGGAAAAUUCAGGAAAGGAGGCGUUCCAGAUUCUGAGGUUUCAGCAAGGGGGCUAUUGACUGAUUGGAACAGUGGAAAAAUAAAGUACUACACAUUACCUCCAGAGGAGUCUCGAGAUGUUCACAUCAGUGCUGCAGUAUUAUCAAAAGAAGCGGAAGAAUUCGAUAUAGAUAAUUUGGAAAUGAUGGAAACAAACUUCUCUCAACCAGGUGAUACCGCAAAAAGUUUCCUUGCAGAGAGUAUGGUUUCAUAUUCGCAGGAAUUAGAAAAGAUGGAGGAAGAUGAAAUUCCUGUCAACGAUAAAGUUAUUCAAAAGAAAAGUAAGAAAAAACAGGUUUCAGAAAAAGUAAAAAAAGAUGAAGAAAUGGAACUGGACGGGAAUCAAAAACUGAACAAACUGGUUAAAUUAAAAUUCAAACAAGAAAAGAAAAACAAAAAACGCGCGGCUAAAUUGAAAAGUAUAGGAAAACAAGAAAUUACAGACAAUAGUGAUGAAGAUUACUCUUUUAACGAUUAUGUUGCUUUAUAAAUUUGUUAUUCAUUCAAAUCAAUAUAAAUAAAGUUUGUUAUAUUCGAAAA